UGUUCUUUUUCUUCUUGGGUGGCUGCUCUCGCUCUCUCUCAAUCAGUUACCCUAGAACAAAGAAAAACAGAAUUUUGCUUCCUUCUUCAUCUCCAUAUCAAUUUAUCCCAGCAAAGCUGCUUUUUCCGGAAGCGCUUUUCAGAGUCGUCGCCGCGACUCAAUCCCAAUUGAAUCCCGACAUGUCGAGCUAGGGUUCCACAAGUUUGAACAACUUUGUAAUCCGCUCCAACCUGCCUAUAUUGUUUGGGAAGAGCGGGAAGUAUCUCUGGUAGUUCAAAAUGCCUAAGGAAAGAAGGGAUCGUUCUGUGUCUCGGGAGAGGUACAGAGCAUCUCCCUAUCCAGGCAGCUCCAGUCAUACAAAGCGUCCUACUCCCAAACUUCCUUCAGAAACUGAGGAAACUGUGAAAGAGUGGGAAGAAGCUAGGUGUCCAGUUUGUUUGGAACACCCGCACAAUGCGGUUCUCCUCAUAUGUUCAUCUUUUGAGAAGGGGUGCCGCCCUUACAUGUGUGACACAAGCUACCGCCAUUCAAACUGUCUAGACCAGUUCUGCAAGUCAUUUUCAGAAGAAAAUUCACCAGAGAUGCUGCCUGAAGAAGAAACUAUGGUUUCGGAUGCUCUGUUGCCUCCUUUUGAAACUUCUGAAUCAAUAAUUACUGAUGUGCAAACUGACAUAACUGAGGAAGAACCCCCACCCAUGAUUCCCAUAUCUUGUGAACACCAGGAACAGCCCAAGCUUGUGUGCCCACUCUGCCGUGGGGAGGUAAAAGAUUGGAUAAUUGUGGACCCUGCUCGUUGUUUCAUGAAUGCCAAAUCGAGAAACUGUUCGUGUGAGACAUGUAGUUUUAGCGGAACCUAUACAGAUCUCAGGAAGCAUGCAAGGCUGGAGCACCCACAAGCACGCCCAUCAGAGGCAGACCCAGAUCGACAGCGUUCCUGGAGGAGUAUGGAGCGGCAGAGGGAUAUUGGUGAUCUGCUCAGCACACUCCGAUCUUCAACCGGUGAGGAUAGGGAUGACAGCAGCUUGGCAGUUGAACAGGAUGGAGGAGGAUGGCUAACUGUAUUCUUUCUAGUUAGAAUAUAUCGACCUACAUCUGGGUCCAGUUUGAGGAGCAGCAGUUGGUCUCCUGGCACAAGAACUAGAGCACAUAUUAGUAUGAGAAGGAGGUCUACCAGGCUUUGGGGAGAAAGCUACGAGGGUGAAGCUGCUUCUUCCUCAAGAGACACCGAGAAUGAGACUUCAGAUGGUGGCUCAGCUGCCCCUACUAGGAGGCAGAGUGCACGUCUCCGGGAAAGACGACGGACAACCCCAGACAACAACCAGCCAUGAUUGCAGAAGAAUGUCGAGUCAGCGAAAUUGUUUUUCAUUUUAAGGAUUGAAAAGUAAGUUUGCUAAAGGUCUGUAAUCGGCUGCUGUCAGUUGCUUGCUGAUGAUUAACAUUUCUGAUUAAAGAAAUGUCCGGGGUUAAGUGCCUGUGCUCUUGGCUCGGGUGGAUUAAUCAGAAGGAAUGAAACGGAAACUCGUAUGCUCCGAAAUCUGCUCCUUGCUUGGAGUGUGGAGCAGUGUUGCUGAGUUAAAUUAUCCAGAGUGAAAAAAAUGUAUUCGUCUGAAGAAAACAAGAAUUCUAUAUAUUUGCCUUGCGAGUUUGUCUUUUUCUCUU